CUCAAAGUUACAAAGGAGUAUCUAAACUUACAGAUUGUAACAUACGUGUUGCUGAACUUACAAGCGUUUUGGUCGAUCGCACCGUCCAUAGUUCCAUUUUGGCCCCAACCUCCAUAGGUCUCUUACCUGCAACCAGCUCGUUCUAUCUGAGGCUAGGCUAUAGAGGGACAGGAUGUCUUAUGCGUAUCUGUUUAAGUACAUCAUUAUCGGGGAUACAGGCGUCGGCAAGUCAUGCCUCCUACUGCAGUUCACGGACAAGCGCUUCCAGCCGGUGCACGAUCUGACUAUUGGCGUGGAGUUUGGAGCUAGGAUGAUUAACAUUGACGGGAAACAGAUUAAGCUGCAAAUAUGGGACACGGCGGGGCAAGAGUCCUUCCGGUCGAUCACGCGUUCGUACUACCGAGGAGCAGCUGGCGCGCUCCUUGUCUAUGACAUUACACGACGCGAGACAUUUAACCACCUGGCAAGCUGGCUUGAAGACGCGCGGCAACACGCGAACCCCAACAUGACGAUCAUGCUCAUCGGCAACAAGUGUGACUUGACGCACCGGCGUGCCGUAACUACGGAGGAGGGCGAGCAGUUUGCGAAGGAGCACGGGCUAAUCUUCUUGGAGACGUCCGCACGGACGGCGCACAACGUCGAAGAGGCCUUCAUCAACACUGCGAAGGAGAUCUACAAGAAGAUCCAGGACGGCGUGUUCGACGUUUCCAACGAGUCUUACGGCAUCAAGGUUGGCUACGGGGCAGGGAACGCAGGUCCGCAGACGGUGAAGCCCGGCGAGGGCGACGCACGCAAGUCCAGCAGCUGCUGCUAGCGUGGUGGAGUCGGCUGGGCUGUGGCCACGUGCGGCCCCAUUUGCUGGCGUCCACACGUGCGGCCCGCGGACAUCCGGACGCCGCCCCUCCCUCGUUUCAGUGGUGGUGGCCCAGUGGGGCGUAGCUCUCUUUGCAUGGGUUUCUUGCAGCAGGGCAGCGUUGGCAUGGAGCACUGAGGAGCUGCUGUCGGGACGCAGCAGGACGGGACGUCCCUGACUAGCAAAGCUGUGGUAUUCUGUAGUGCUCCAAUGCAGCCGUAAUGAUUAGGGACCUAAUGAGGGAUGGGAUGGAGUGGGAGUAGCUACCUGGUGUUAUAACCAGGACCGCGAUGCCAGUGUUGUAUGCCGUCUGUACCGCUUCCUUCACCCUUAGUAUUGUGUGCCGUAUACAUAUGUAGUGCGUGUGGUGGGACUGUAGCCGAUCUGGGUUUGCUGGAGGUUCUAGUUGUUAGCUGGGUAUCUGUACUGCCCGUGUCGCGUUGGCCAUGGGCUAUCCAGACAAUUGUGCCGGGGUAUUUUUGAAGCUUUGGCCCAUGGAGUGCUUGGCGCCGGUCUUAGCACAUGGAGAUUUGGUGAGUGGCACUGCAGGUGAAGGUAGGUUUGCACGCAGCCAACCUAUUCGACGUUGUACGCUAUUUCAGCGCUUUGCAAAGUUGCAUACCAUAUACUCAAUCACAUAGGCUCCUGUCAACAAACGUGCGUCGACAAAAGGGAGGUUGCACUCAUGUAUAGCCAGGAGACAUGUAUGCAGGCUGGCGACUGUAAUGCUUCACAGUUGGAAC